UGUCGGUCGGCUUUAGAGUUCAAGUGUAAAUCGUCAAAAAUUUCAGAUACACUUUAGAAGAAAUUUCCAUUCAAGCUUUUUUUUACAUUUUUAUGAUUAAUGUUCACAGUUGGGAAUUAAUGGUAAAAUGCAACCGACGACGAUGCUUCCAAAACUUACGGAUUCGACCCAAACAAUAUCAUUCUCUGAAGGUGACGGUGUCUGUAGUUCCGAGGUAUAUUCGUCGGACGUGGUAGUGACAACAAAUGCCGGCAACCACAACCAUGGUAGUUCUAAAGUGAAGCUCAAGAACCUUGUGGAUUAUAACUGGGAACCCAAGUUCUACUCUGGACAACUCCUUGCUGUUCAUAUAAGUGGACAGUACCUAGCAUAUAGUAUUAAAGCUCCCAAUGCUGCCGACCCUGGCAGCUGGAAUGGUAUGGUGAGAGUUGUAUACAACCCUGAGCCUGGGAUAGACAGAAGAGCACUCAUAAAAGGAAUGAAAGGAGAGGUUCUAGACCUGGCAUUUGCACAUAUCCAGAAUCAAAUAUUGCUAGCCAGUAUCGAUGAAAUGGGGAAUUUUUAUAUCCAUGAGAUUGAAGUGACGGACAGCGGUCUGCGCUGUACCCUGUCAGUGGAGGUGCGUGAGGACACAGGUGCAUGUCUGGGUGGCGGUGUGCACCGUGUGGUGUGGUGUCCCUACAUACCUGAUGAGGACGACUCCCCCGAUGAUGAUGUCGCCAGGUUGUUGCUCACCACACAUUCACAUCAGGCACGCAUGUGGAACGUUCGCGCGAUAUGGUCUCUGUGUGCUGGAGGGGGCGGUGCACCCGUGUCUUGCGUGUCCGCGGGAGCCGCGCUGGCGGGGGGCGCGGGCCUCGGGGCCGGGAGUCACGCGGCGCCCGUACUUGCCGCAGCCUUCUCACCCGACGGCACCGCCCUCGCUACCGCCUCUCAAGACGGAUAUGUCAUGUUCACCCAGGUAUACAUGAACAACGAGAUCAGCCCGCGCUGCCUACACAAGUGGCAGCCUCACGAGGGCCAGCCGCUGAGCUGUUUGUUCUUCCUCGACAACCACAAGAAUUAUAACACCGACGUUCACUUCUGGAAGUUCGCGGUGACGGGUGCGGAGAACAACACGUCCAUCAAGAUCUGGUCGUGCAAGUCGUGGAACUGCCUGCAGAGCAUCUCGUUCCGGGCGUCCCCUGAGGCGGGCGUCAUGAAGGCUAUGCUGGACCCCAGCGCCGGCUACCUGCUGCUGUCCGACUCCAAGGCCCGCAGUCUUUACGUGCUGCACGUGGCGCGCGACGCUCACGACGCCGCCGCCUACUGCAAGAGCAUAUCCGAGUUCCUGCUGCCCUACCCCGUGCUCAGCUUCUGCAUCGUGGACGCAGAGGAGCUGCCGGCCAAGUGUGAGUCGAGCUGCGACGACCCCUACCACGGGAACGGCUCGGCUGGGGACGCCUCCGACUCGCCUGACGACUUUGCCAUACAUCACUCGGACGAGGAGGGAGGAUCCUCGUCGGCGCGCGUCCGUCUCCGUCUGUACAUCGUGCAGCCCAAGGGUCUGCAGGAGGGCGAGCUGGUGUACACGCCGCCCGCCCAGCCUCCCGCCCAGAACACACACAGAGAUCUAGUGGAUCUGAGCAUGGAGGAGGAAGCAGAAGACGCGGCCAAGAGCGUCCCGUCCAGUAUACUGCAGCAGCAGACGCAGCAGCUCAAGAACCUCCUCAUGAGGUCACAGACCCAGCCCGGCAGCCUCAUCCCUCAGAGGCCGGAGUCCCCGUCCACGAUGCCGCCCCUCAACCUGAUGACUCCCGACGCGUUCAGUUCGCCCGGAAAACGAGAGGACGACGACCCUCCUCUGUCGGCCACACCGGAGAUCACCAACAUAGCGAGGGCGGGCGGGGCGGAGGAGGCUCUGAACGGCGUGGGCGGGAAGGCGUCGGGAGGCUCCAGCCCCAGCCGGGAGGUGAGGCAGAUCAUGGCCCACGACGCGCACUAUUACGGACAUGCGGACGACGAGGACGAGACCAAGCCGAGCUCGACCACCGAGGAAGUGUCCGCGGUGCCGGUCGGAGAGCUGUUCUCAGGAGAUCUGUUCACUUCAUCAGAGAAACCUCCCCCGCCAGCCAAAUUAAAACAUGCCAACAGUGACACGUCGUGGCCCCAGAUAUCACUGGAGCAGAUAACGGAGGCGAACCAGCGCAGGGCGACCAGCGACAAGUCCAGCAGCCAGUCGCUGAACUCGCUCGUGACGCCCGUCAACCCCCCGCUGGCGCCCACCCUGCCGCCCGCCCUGCCACCGCCGCUGGCCCCCACCCUGGCGGCUCCUCCCAAACUCCCCACUAUAGUGCCGCCUCCCCUCCCCCCCAGCAUGGCGCCUCCGCUGCCCGCCCUACCCGUGACGUCACUGGCUCCUCCUUCCGUCCCAGAAGUCGUCCCCGUUUUGGACGAAGUCAAAAAGAACCGGUUGGAAUCCUUGGAACAGAAGAUCGACAAGCUGACCGAGCUGGUGUCGGCGCAGUCCGUGGAGCUGCGGGUGCUGCGCGGAGAAGUGCGGGCCGUGCGCGAGGAGCGUGGCCUGGACCGCCGGGAACACGCGCAGAGGACCGCUGCCGCCGUGCGGGAAGCUCUCAACGACGGCUGGGAGCGGAUCUCGGCCAUGGGCGAGGCGGCCAGCGCGCAGGCGGCGGCGGCGGCGGGGGCGGGCGCCGCCAGGGCUCUGGAGCCGCUGGCGCAGGCUCUGCAGCACGAGCUGGCCGCCAAGAUGAGCGCCACGGACGCUCUGCUCCGGGACAACAUCGACAAGCUGGUCACCAGCAAGUCGGUGACGGAGCGGCUGUCAUCCAGCGUGUCGUCGAUGGUGAGUGUGUCGGUGCGCGAGGCGGCGAGGGAGGCUCUGCGGGCGGCGCUGGAGGCGGCGCUGCCGGCUGUCGAGCGAGCGCACGCACAGCUCUUCAGGCAGAUCAACGCGGCCUUCCAACAGGGAACUAAAGAAUUCGCAGCGAACACGGAGGCGGCUUGUCGCGUGGCGGCGGAGCGCGGCGGGGCUUCGGCGGCCGGGUCGCUGCGGGCGGCGCUCGACAGGCACGCGGACGCUCUGGCCAGGGCGGCGCCCCUCCACCCGCAACAUGUCGCCGCCCAGCUCAAGGAACUGGUGCACGGCGUUCUAGAGAAGGAGCUAUCUUGGUGGCGGGAGCAGGCUCGCGAACAGGCUCGAGCGAUGACGGCUAGGGCACUGUCCCCGGCGCCCACGACCUCCGCCCCGUCCGUCACAGACAGACAGAUGCAAGUGAGUCAGAUCCAGUCGCUGAUGCUGAGCGGGGACGUGAACGGCGCCUUCCAGCUGGCAUUGUCCGCCUCCGACCUGUCGCUGGUGGUGGCUGCGUGCCGGGCCGCGGAGCCCGCCCGCGUCCUGGGCCCGCCCUGCCGACUCAAGCAGCACGUGCUGCUGUCCCUCGUGCAGCAGCUCGCCGCCGACAUGACCAAGGACACGCAUCUCAAGCACCGUUACCUGGAGGAGGCGGUCAUGAACCUGGACACCACCAACCCCGUGACCCGGGAGCACUUGCCGAUCGUGGUCCGCGAGCUGCAGAAGCAGAUCAUAUCGUUCCUCAACUCCAACCCGAGCCACUCCCUCAGCAGACAGUUCCGUAUGCUGCUGAUGGCUACGGAGGCGCUGGUGAAGGGCGGCGUGUGACAGUGCUGCCACUGCCGCUGUGCUGUCAGACUAGUGAUGUGAUCCACGGAUACUACUCGGUGCUGUGACUAGUGCAUCUGACUUUAUUUCACUAUACUACUCGUUCCUUCAGACUUUGUUGUAAUCUAGUCUAACCAUGCGGGCAUCUGGUUAUAUAUACAGAGCAGAUCGUCCACGUCUAGAAAAUCUCCGACUUGUGAUUAAUUUUUUCUAUAUGCUACACAUAUUUAUUGUCAUCUCAUAAUCUGACAUAUAAUUGUUGCAAGUAUUUUGUCAAUUUGAUAAUUGUACAAAGACGACAUUUUUUUUUUAAAUAAUUAUUUACCUAAAUAUCUUUAUAUAAAACUAAUUAAGACCCACCCAUUACUAUGUAUGGUGCUAUUUGGAGUUAGAUGCGUCGUGGUAAAGAAAUCGUUUAUCACAACCUCAGGUUGAUGCCGACUGUGGGUGUAAAUUAUAUAUUGUAAGAGAUCAAUGACCUGAGACUAGCGUAUGAUGAACUGACAAUAGCAUGGUGAUGUACACUGUAGAGAUUACAUAUUGCUAUGGUACUUGUGACGUGUGUACAACCGCGGAGCAUGGCACGCUGGACUGGUGUACCGUGUCCUCGGCUGACUGGCUGUACACAUGUACAUAACGAUGACAUUACAUAAGGCUGCUAGGUUUAUAAGUUUUUUUAUGUAUUAUUCUUAUAGUGAUGUGCAUACUGUAAAGCCUGAAUCAAUAAACAUUUUGUACUAAACGGCGGUGAAGCGUGGGUGCCGGUGCUGAGGUGGCUGUGGACUGAAUGUUAGAGAUGCCGUCGGACUACAACAAUAACUGCCAUAUUGUAAUGACAUUCUCUAAAACAACAUGUUGACAGUCGCUGUUUGAUUGUCAUUUUAAAUAAUUUGUAGAGGAGAGCCAAAUCUGAAGGUCAGAGUACUGUAAUAAAAUAUUGAAAUCACUCUCCGCUCACAUACUGAAGUCACUGCCCCCGCAUAGACGUUGUAUAGAUUUAAGAUGCAAGUAAGUUCUCCAGCAAGCAUUUUAUUCCCCGUGCCUAGUGUCCACGACCACCCUAUCGGAGCGGAGCGAGGAGUCGUGACCGCUGUUCGUCCUUGAGCAAUGUACAAAUAUUUCAUAAUAUUUUCUACGUGACUUGUAAAACACAUUUCGGACGCGAUAUAUUUUUAUGGUUCCUGAUAAUGUUGAUGUUUGUUGCGUCAGACGACGCGCUGGCUGUACACAGCGUGACCGCUACGGACUACGGAAAUAAAAUCUAUUUGAUCCGUUG